CCGCAUCAGCUAUUUUAUUCGUUGAGAGCUCAGCCCAUCACAAAACACCAGGAAAUGGAGGCGGAGGAGGAGGAGGAUGAUGAUGAGCGGGUGGCUGCAGACUGGCUCUGAACAGGGAGGAGGGACCAGCAGCACCGCAGCGACAACUUUCCACACUCUACGUUUGAAGUGCGAAGGCUUUGGCGAAGAUGAGCGACGCAAAUCAACCCAGAGUUGAACUUUUCGUGAAGGCAGGGAGCGAUGGUCAGAGCAUCGGGAACUGUCCUUUCUCGCAGCGUCUCUUCAUGGUGCUGUGGCUGAAGGGCGUCACCUUUGAUGUGACCACGGUGGAUAUGAAGAGGAAACCGGAGAUCUUGAAGGAUCUGGCACCGGGCGCCCAGCCUCCCUUCCUGCUGUACGGGAGCGAGGUGAAAACGGACACCAACAAGAUCGAGGAGUUCCUGGAGGAAAAUCUCUGCCCUCCUAAAUAUCCCCGCCUGGCUGCUCGGAAUCCAGAGUCCAACACAGCAGGCCUGGAUGUCUUCUCCAAGUUCUCCGCUUAUGUCAAGAACUCCAACCCUCAGGCCAACGAAAAUCUAGAAAAGGGCCUGCUCAAGGCGCUGAAGAAGCUGGAUGACUACCUCGGCUCUCCACUUCCUGACGAGAUUGACGAGAAUAGCGCCGAUGAGGUCACUUCCUCUUCUCGCCCCUUCCUGGACGGCCAAGAGCUCACGCUGGCCGACUGCAACCUGCUGCCCAAGCUUCACAUCGCCAAGGUGGGAGAAGUUUAG